GUGUCACCCGGUUAUCGGAGAAACAUAGAUGAAGACAAGACUGGCUGCUAAUUUCCAUAAUUUAUUUUCUUAGCUUUUAUUUCUGCUAUAUAUAUAUAUUUCAUAGCUUUUCAAUUGCAAAAUGCGUUCACUUGUACUGUGCAGUUUGAUGUUACAUGUGAUUUUUGUUUGUUCUACGGAGUUGACGUUUGAGUUACCUGAUAACGAUAAGCAAUGUUUCUAUGAAGAGCUCGAGAGUGGGGUGAAAUUUGACAUAGACUUCCAAGUAAUUGCAGGCGGCAACUAUGACGUUGACUGUUUUGUAACGGAUCCGAUUAACAAUGUCCUGUACCAGGAGCGGAAGAAGCAGUAUGACAGCUUCUCUCACACCACCACUAUGAAGGGAACCUACAAGGUCUGCUUCAGCAACGAGUUCUCUACAUUCUCCCACAAGACCGUCUACUUGGACUUCAGGGCUGGAGAAGAGAGACCCUUACUGCCUGACAUGAAUAGAGACACUGCCCUGACACAGAUGGAGUCUGCCUGUCUGUCCAUCCAUGAGAUCCUGAAGGUGGUGUCCGACUCUCAGACAUGGUACCGGCUACGGGAGGCUCACGACCGCAUCCGCGCCGAGGAUCUUCACGAACGCGUGUCCUUCUGGUCUAUGGGAGAGACGCUGGUCCUGUUCAUUGUCAGUGUUGGCCAGGUCGUCGUCCUCAGGAGCCUCUUCAGCGACAAGAAGGGCAGCGUGGCGGCCAGCACGUAGACACUGGCGUGCACGGUCUUGCGUUGUUACUCUGUGUUAGUGUGUCAGCCACUAGCCUGAAUCCUCAACACGUUGCAACACUCAGAGUUCUUAAAGUUACUACGGACAGCGUAGGCUGUGAUGUGUGUAUGGCAAAACAUAAUCACAUCCACAUUUUUCUGGUAUGUAUAAGUUUUGGGUUAUGACGGCAGUUUACGGUGACUUCAGUCAAAAGAUUGUGCCGUGGUUAGCAAACAGAAAACCAUACCUUUAUCUGUCUGCUUUGACAUUCAGUUAUCCUCUGUUCAAAAGUUUCUCUUUGGAUACACACACACACCAAGUGCAAUUUGUGCUCAUAAAUGAAUAAGUGCAAUUGUUGAAUUAUUGUUUCUUUUUCUGUAAAAUUGUAAUUCCAUAAAAAAAAGAAACAUCCUGUUCAUUGCUUUGUAUGCUGUUACAUUACUUAUCAACUUUAUUAUUGUGAAGUGCUCCUGAUUUGUAGUGUUUGAACAUGAUUCAUGGCUAUGAGUUAAAAUCUAAUUCUAAAGAUGUGAAGUUCCAUUAAAUUUGAAAUAAUUUAGGUG